AUGGAAAAACAAAUUGAGUCCCAGUCCGAAGUUAAUGACGCUAAUAAGACUGAAACUUACCAGGAUAUCCCGAUAUCCACUGGUAGACUUAGUGCUAAUUAUGUUAAACAUGAGGAAACUGGAGCUGGCUCAUUUGGAACGGUAUAUAGAGUUCACCAAAAGUUAUUCAAUCAACCAUUUUCUGUGAAAGAAAUUAAUUUGAAAAAUGAAAAGGAUCUUGCAAAAAAUGUCCAGAAAUUAGCAGUUUGGUUUCAAUUGCAAUCGGAAUAUGUCGUAAAGUAUAGAAACCAUUGGUUUGAGAAAAAUCCCGAUACUUUCUUAACAUUAUACAUUUUGAUGGACUUAUGUGACCACAACCUCCGGCAUUUGCUAACAGCUAAAGCAAAACGUUAUAAUCGACAAGACGAUACCACCAGGAUAGGCGAUUGGGAGUAUUUAAUAUCCUACUAUUUGUAUCAGGAAAUCUUAAUUGGAGUAGAUUAUCUACAUAAACAUAAACCUAAAAUAAUUCAUAGUAACCUUAAACCAUCAAAUAUUCUAGUUUCAUACACGCAUGAUAAAUUAAUGAUUAAACUUGGUGAUUUCGGUUUAACUACGAAUCAUGAACAUGACCAAACUAACACUGCAAUACUAGGACCACCGAAAUAUGUAUCACCAGAAAUACGUCGUGGUCGCAAAUAUACCAGCAAGGCCGAUAUGUAUAGCAUGGGCGUGAUAUGCGAGGAGAUAUUUCAAAUUGAAUCACUGAGAAGAUUCCAGAAUGUGCAAGAUAGGGGAGGAUUUGAAAGGAUAAUGCAAGAUAGGGGGAGCAGGAUAGAGUUGGGCUUGAUAGGAGAAUGCUAG